AUGGCGCGUACAAUUCGCAGCCAUGCGCUCGAGAAGCUUGCCCGCCUGUCGGCGCAGUCAACCUCGCCAGAGACGACCAACUCCGACUAUGGCAGGAUGUUUAAGCGAUUCUCCAACGCAUCCAACUCCAUGAAGCUGCAGGAACUGGAGGCAAUCCUGGCCCUUUGCAAGUCUGCGCCCUACAUUGAGUCAUUUGACGUUGCCGAGAAGCUGCUUUCCCGCCUCUCACCCUAUCUCACCACGUCCUAUACUCAGACUUUCGCGCCGUCGCCUAGCCUCCGCAUCAUCGAGCCCGCUCCCUACGAAGCCCUCACCUACAAUCUUACGUCUGCCGUCCUCUCUCUUGGCCUCCGACAUGAACGGCUACAAACACAGGCCGCUGUCGCGCUUCAAGGUUAUCUCACGGGCUGGGCCACAGCAGCUGUCCAUAUGUCGGAACAGCAAUUUGUCGACGAUGGAAAGGACGACUUUGGGGCAGAUGGCGAGCUGGCGGGGGUCAUGACACACAGCCUCUCGCUCUUGGGCUUCUUGAACGCUUCGGCAGAGCAUGUUCAUUUCUGGAAUGCCUACGAUAGUCUGCAGCUUGUCCAGAAUGUACGCACAAACUUGACGGAGAAGUUUCUAAUUGCCUUUGAGACUGUACUAUCUAUUGUGCGUAACGCGCACUCACACCAACACGAACUGCGAGAAUGGAAGCGCUACACCAAGCGUUAUGCCGCCACUGGACGACCACUCGGAGCCAUGGUUCUCCACGACUCAUUCUUGAAGCUUGUGCUUGCUUCAGCUUCGCAGCUCGUUGGCACCGGCCACCGUCUGGUUUCGCAGGAUUCUGUUCUCAACCACCUGCAGACUUGGCUAGACAACAAAGACCGCCUGCACCUCAAGGCCACGGCCGAGAAUUCUCUUGCCGAGGGUCUGGCUAAGAUUGCAGCGGAGGAGAUGGAACGCCUGGAAAAUGAUCUCGAAUACCUUCAGCGGGUCGGAUCUGCUUGGCAGCAGCAGCAGGCAUCAUCGGUCAAGGCAAAAGUGCUUGUCGCAUACCUCUGUUGUACCGUGUAUGAUAACGACACGGACAUUACUGAUGCCGAAAUACUGACCUCUUGGCUGGACAACGUGCUCAAUGACCCUGCGCAGAGUUCGGACCAUGAGCUUGCGUCUACAGUCUUGAGGAUCAUGGCUAUUCUGGCCAAGGUCUCACCGCAACUUGCAUCGACCUUGGGGCAAUCGCUGCCUCGAGUCAUUGUUCAAGCCAACUUUGACCACCGAACGACUUCGGUGGCUGCAGAAUCACUCGCUGCAGUCCUCAGUCUUCUCCCCCAAGAUGCCAUUAUCACGACACUCUAUAGUCUUGGCAACGUUAUUAGUGUCGCUCCUGCCUCUGAGCGAAACCCGUCUGCGUCUCCAACGUUGAACGGUACAAAGACUGCGCGUGCAGGGACCGUCUACAACCAUCAACACGGCAGUGCAAUCUCUCUGGCCCCAAGCGACGUUGAUGAGCCGCACCAUGUGCACACGACAGUUGUUGAGACUAUUGUAUCAGUUGCUAGGAACUGCAAGGACUCAAAGAUUACCGCACUUGCACUAUCAAUGCUCGUGCAAAAGAUUGGACGUUCUGGCAAGGUAGUAGAUGCAAAAAUCAUCACUGAUACAGCCUUUCUGGGCAUCCACAGUCCGCCUGGAGAAUUCAAGUCGCUGCUCAAGCUUUACACUAAGCUUUCUCACGAUGCUCUGGUAUCCGACGAUGUUGCAAAGCUCGAAGCUGUCAUGGCUGCGCGCCUCAAUCUCUCAAAGGAGAUCACCGCCGGCGAAGACGCUUUCGAAAUUUACCUUAUGCACCUGUUAGAUACCAUUGUCAGCAAGGGAGAUGCCCAAGAAACGUCUCACCGUCAUCUUCGAGAUACGGAGCUUGCGGCACAGGAAAUCGCACAACUUCUCAAACCACUUGCAGUUCUUCUUGAACGAAACGCUGAACGACCCGAGUAUGCCGAGCUUGACGACUCCAUCAUCGGUCUCCAGCGUGAUGCCUGGUUCAACAUUGUCGUUCAUGGAUUCGAUUUGCUCUCCGACUUGGGCAAGCAGUAUCGUGAAGAGUUGCGCACGCUUGCGCGGUUUAGCAAGCCUCUGAUCACCGAAGAGCGCCCUUUCCUCUCUGAGAGUGAUAUUGAGUUGAACACGGUGUUGCGUCGCGGUAAAUCGCCCGAGCACACGGUCGAGCAGAAGAAACGCCUUGGCAAAUUACUUCCAUCAUGCGAAGCUGACACCAAAUCACUCAACUACCAGGAAGCUGUUUUCUUGAGCACAGCUUACCUCGUGGAAGAUUUGCGGGCAAGUACGGGAGAUUGUACCAAGGCGCUUGUGUACUUCCUCGACCCCAAGUUGCGAACAGGCGCAGUCGGCAACUGCAUGUCUGCUAUCAGCACAACGGCCGUUCGAACUUAUUUGACAAAGACACUGUCAGGUCAAUCCCACACCUUCUCAACGCCUUAUUUGGCGAAGCAGCUAGCCACCAUGUUUGCUGCCUGCUGCCAUCGCAUCGCUCGCGUUCAGCAAGCGGCAGCCACUUGUGCCGAUGUUGUCAUUCGUGAAGUCCCAUCAACCUUGUGCCAGAAGAGUGCGUUGUUCGCUCUUUUGGAGCUUCUUUCAAUCAUGUGGUAUAGCUGCCUCGAAGGAGAGACGGACGAAUACACUUGGAAGUCGACUUUUACCUCCAAACGAUCCAACAUCGCCGUCGAGCUCUCAGACGACUAUGCGUUUCGACGGGCGACGCUAGAUGCAUUGCACAAGCGCGCAACCAUCUGGGUCAAGGGAGCGCUGGACAUUGCCCCUCUCGACGUCAAAGGACUUCUUCAGUCGUAUCUCUCAGAGUACGACGAUGAGUUGACUUUUGGACAUAUCUCGUUGGGCCGAUCUUUUGCCCUCGAGAUGGGCUCUGUUAUUCCGUCUACGGACCAGCGUCUUGGUGCUGUGGAACGCCAGGGCAUCAACAUCAAUACUGCGUCAGACUUCAUUACCCAAUACACCACCAGACAAGAGUACAAGUUCCUCGACGGUGUCGCUGAUCAAGAGGAAGAAUGGCUUAAAGGCGCACCCGCUUCGGAGUCUAGGUCAACGUAUCUAUCCCGUAGCCUGCAUGAGGCGACUAGCCUUUUGGUAGAUCUAGAAACCCGUACCCUGGGACAUAAACACGUCGCCAUUGCAGAGCUUCGCGACAUACUUCGACGAGCUGCCGCCUUACUUUGCCGGGUCAAGACAGACCAGUCACCCAUUGUUCAGCAUCUGGUGGGUAUACCAUUUGCAGUGUUCUCGAAGCAAUCCAUCAAGCUCGGUAUCUCAUUAUGGACAAGCGUUGCCAAGGAGAACCCUCGCAUGGAGUCUCGGAUUCUUGUUGCUAUUGCUGAAAACUGGGAGAACACGGUGCGCAAGCGUCGGGGCAUCUUCAGCCCUGCGUUGAAGCAUGCCGACCCGUUCUACGGAAAGCAAGAAUUUGCUGCCACGGACAAAGAAUCGCUUUCGAAACGCCAGCAGCAUGUCUACAAUCUCAUUGCUCCCCACUUCCGCCUGUUGCAAUUCCUGUCCAGCCACUUCAAUGCAUCACGGUUGAGCAAGGCGGAUGUCGAACGUGUCUAUGUUCGGCUCAUGCACAUCACACUGGAUGCGAUGAGUAUGGGUUGCGAGCAGCCUCUGGCUCGCGAAUCUUACUUCCAUAUCAUCUUGCUCGGGUUGCGCAUCGCACACCAUUGCACCACGAUUUCGUCCAAGACUAGAUGGCGAUUGACGGAUCGAGUAUUGACUGCUGCUUUGGCAUGGUUUGCCAAGGCUCCACAAUGGUCUUUUGGAGGCAACAGACUACAGAUCAAAGCUGAGACACAUGUUUUGGCUGAUGUACAAGCGCAGAUUGAUACCAUUGGGAAGGUUACUACCGCUAUCGAUAUUGGUACGAAGCUGAAGGCGAAGCAAGACUUGCUAUCCCUGCUUGUCUCAAACGAAUUGUCCCGUCUUACGGUGUGGCUUUUCCCUCUUGACGGCAAGAAGAACCAUCUGAUCUCUGGCCGUCAAGGCAACACGCUCCCUGAUGCUGCUGUGACUGCGCAUCUGAAGACGGCGUGGGCCGAGCAUCCUGGAAUUGCGGUGCAUCUUGUCAAACGCUUCCAGUCCCAGCGUCUUAAUAACGAAGUCAGAUGGCAGGUUCUCAAUUUUCCACAAAAGGCCCUGGAUGAGCCGGAUGCGCUGGAGAUACUGUUGGGUAACUCCCUACCUAAUGAUGUCUCCUUCCAGCUCAAGUACAUGCUCUACUGGGCACCUGUCAACCCUAUCACAGCCGUCACAUACUUCAUGCCAGCAUAUGGGAACCAUCCCUUCAUCAUCCAGUAUGCGAUGAGGGCUCUGGAGAGCCACUCGGUGGAUGUCAUGUUCUUCUACGUCUAUCAGAUCGUGCAGACCCUUCGAUACGAUGUACUAGGCUACGUUGAGCGGUACAUUAUCGAGACAGCCAAAUUCUCACAACUGUUUGCCCAUCAAAUCAUCUGGAACAUGAAGGCGAAUGCGUACAAGGAUGAGGCCGCCGAGAUUCCGGAUCCUGUGAAGCCGACGCUGGACAAGGUAAUGGCUAGUUUGGAGUCGAGUUUCUCACCGGAAGACCAUGCCUUUUACGAGCGCGAGUUUGCAUUCUUCAACGAGGUUACCGGUAUCUCGGGUACUUUACGCUCAGUUUUGCAUGAGCCUAAAGAGGUCAAGAAGCAGAAGAUUGAAGAAGAGCUGCGCAAGAUCAAGGUGGAGGUUGGCGUCUACCUUCCUUCUAAUCCCGAUGGUCAGGUUAUUGGCAUUGACCGCAAGUCUGGAAAGCCACUGCAGAGUCACGCUAAGACACCGUUUAUGGCCACCUUCCGCAUCAGGAAGACCAGGCCGGAAGACCAAGGUUUGGAGGAGACUGAAGAUGAUGACCGGGACGUGGCACCAAAGAAAGACAACAGCUACGAAACAUGGCUUUCUGCCAUUUUCAAAGUCGGAGAUGACUGUCGCCAGGACGUGCUUGCUCUACAGAUGAUUGCGGCUUUCCGGGGUAUCUUCAACACAGUCGGUCUUGACGUUUGGGUGUUCCCUUACCGCGUGACAGCAACCGCGCCCGGCUGCGGUGUCAUUGACGUGUUGCCCAACUCCAUUUCGCGUGACAUGCUGGGUCGUGAGGCCGUCAAUCGUCUCGAUGACUACUUUGUCUCUCGAUAUGGUAAUGAAGACUCCAUCCGGUACCAGGAAGCGCGUUCCAACUUUGUAAAGUCCAUGGCUGCGUACUCCGUCAUCAGCUUCCUGCUGCAGUUCAAGGACCGACACAAUGGAAAUAUCAUGAUUGACGACGCAGGCCACAUUAUCCAUAUUGAUUUUGGCUUCUGUUUCGAUAUUGCUCCCGGUGGCAUCAAAUUCGAGCGCGCGCCGUUCAAGCUCACGGCUGAAAUGAUUGCUGUCAUGUCUGGAAAGAAUGCGGCGAAUCCAUACACCUCGCAGGCGUACCGCUGGUUCGAAGAACUCACCGUCAAGGCCUUCUUGGCCAGCAGACAGCACUGCGACCAUCUCUGCCACGUGGUUCAGGUCAUGCUGGAUAGUGGAUUGCCGUGCUUUAAGCCAGAAUCCAUGCGUAACUUUAGGGAUCGCUUUGUGCUGGACAAGAGUGAACGCGAGGCGGCCGAGUAUAUGCGAGGAUUGAUUGAGAAGAGUAGGUCGAGUUACUCGACAGGAACAUAUGAUCGGUUCCAGCUUAUCACGAAUGGCAUUCCUUAUUAG